CACAGUUCCGUACUUUAUAUAAUUUAGAGGUUUUUGAAUGUGUCAGUGCGCAUGGUCACUCUCUUAUGUUACGACAGGAAUGUUCAUCUGUGUGUGUGUUCUCUGAGUUGCCUACAUGAGUGUGUAUGAUACGUUAAUAGACAACAGGAAUGGAUACUUGCUGAACUGAGGUGAUUAUUAUGAGGAGAGAGGGAUCGGAAGACCAAUUUGCAGCGAGGCCGACCCAGACAUGUCUUCGCAGAGUGGGGGUCAUGAUGUGGAGCUGUUCGUAGAGACCCCAGACUAUGACCUGAUCUGCACCAUUUGCCAGGGGGUCCUCAGGUGCCCAGUAAGAGCUGCAUGCCACCACAUCUUCUGCAAGAAAUGCAUUUUACAAUGGCUGAAGAGGUGCAGACAGCAGACCUGCCCCUGCUGCAGAAAGCCUGUCAACCAGAGCUUGAUAUUUGUGAUGUUCAAGCUAAGCAAGGUGAUCGGUCGCCUAAAGAUCAAGUGUAAAAACAAGAUCCGUGGCUGCCCGCAUACCUUAGCCCUGUCAGAGCAGUACUGCCACAGCACGAGCUGCCUGUUCGAGCUCAUUCCCUGCCCCUACCAGGGCUGCCGUGCCCAGCUCCUCCGCAGGGACCUGGAUGCCCACGCCAGGCACUGUGAGCACUGGAGCCAACCAUGCCACAUGGGCUGUGGCACCGUGCUGUCCCACCGCACCCAGGCCAAGCACAACUGCUACAGGCAGCUGAGGCAUGAGUACGAGGCCAGGCAGAGGAACCACCGGGCCAUCGCAGCAGCCCUCCAAAGGAAGAUGAGGAGGAUGCAGAGCACCAUGGCCGACAUGAAGAGGCAGAUCGGCCUGAUCUGUGAGAGCCUGGAGGUCAUGGACGAACUGGAGGAGGUGGAAGAGGAGGACCUGGGUCAAACCAGUGGGAGUUUCAGUAGCAGUAACAGCAGCUCCUGAGUCCUGAUGCAAUGUAUUUAUAAAAAUGACUCACACACACAAUUAUCUCUGGCACUUGAACUGUUUAGGACUAUUCAGAUUUUAUUUUAUUCCUAGCACCAAGUAUGAAAGACCUGUGGAAUUUGAAUUUUCAGGGAUGGACUGCCUCAAAUAGCACAUUUAGUCAUAAUUGCUUUGAGGGUGUGUUGAUAAUGAAACUUCAUAUUUCAUUUGAAAAUGUAUAAAGUUAGAACAAUUUUGUACUGUGUCCUUUAACAUUUUGAUUUGUAAAGGAUGAUAUAUUUUAUAAAUAAAGUCAGCAACCUUUAA